GCUCCCCAGCGCCCCGGCCAGGAGCCGCUGCCGGGGAUGUGAAGGCGCCCGAGCCCCGGAUCAUGGCCAGCCCAGGGGCCCCUGGGGGAUGCGAUGUGCUGAUUGUGUAUGCCAGGGAUGCCAGUGAAUGGUGUCAGUACCUUCAGAACCUCUUCUUCUCGUGCCGGCAAGUCCGAAAGCAGCGGGUUCUGAGCUAUGAAGUGAAGUACGGGGCUGCCAUUCCCUGGGAGGAGUUCGAUCGAUUCAGCAGCAGCCGAUGCAUCAUCAUAUUGCUGUCUGCCGAGCUGGUGCAGAACUUUUACAUCCCUGACGUCCUUGGGAGCCUGCAGGAAGCUUUGAGGCCCCCACACAAAGUGGUCAAGCUGUUCUGUGGAGUGGAGGAUUGUGACGACUAUUUAGGGUUUUUCAGGGACUGGGCCCAGUGGAAAGAACUCACCUAUGAUGAUGAGCCAGAUGCCUACAUUGCAACAGUCAAGAAGACUAUUUCAGAAGAUUCUGGCUGCGAUUCUGUGACUGAUACAGAGGCAGAAGACGAGAAAAACCCAGUUUAUUCCAGGAAACUUGCAAUGAGUCAGCAGCACGGGACAUCCGAGAGCACCCUGGGAGACCUGGUGGUGCAGCCUGACCGCAUACACUGUGGGGUGCAGACAACACUUUAUAUUAUCAUGAAAUGUAAACUGGAUUGUCAAGUGAGAACAGAAGUUGAAUUCUUUCCGGUGAAUGCCCAAUCUGUGCGUGUGCCAGCCAAGAUGGAAAAUGAAUACACUGUCUCCGUACAGGCUCCUGACUUAACAUCUGGAGCAGCAUCUCUGCGGAUAUAUUCAGGUGACUUGAUGGUGGGGGAAGCGAACAUCAGCUAUUACAGUGACAUGGAAGAGAUUGGCAACUUGUUGGCUAAUGCAGCUAAUCCAGUGGAGUUCAUGUGCCAGGCCUUUAAAAUAGUACCAUAUAACAUAGAAGCUCUGGACAAACUGUUGACCGAGUCAUUGAAGAACAACAUUCCUGCAAGUGGCUUGCACCUGUUUGGAAUCAACCAGCUGGAGGAAGAAGAUAUGACAACCAAUCAGAGGGACGAAGAGCUGCCAACGCUACUUCACUUCGCUGCAAAAUAUGGUCUGAAGAACCUUACAGCGCUGCUGCUUACUUGCCCAGGAGCCCUGCAAGCCUACAGCGUAGCCAACAAGUAUGGGUACUACCCGAACAACAUUGCCGAAAUCCAUGGCUUUAAGGACCUGCGGCAGUUCAUUGACGAAUAUGUGGAAACUGCUGAUAUGCUGAAGAGUCACAUUAAGGAGGAGCUGAUGCAGGGUGAGGAAGAUGAUUCUGUUUAUGAGUCCAUGGCUCACCUCUCCACCGACCUGCUGAUGAAAUGCUCCCUGAAUCCUGGCUGUGAUGAUGAGCUCUAUGAAUCCAUGGCCAACUUUGCCCCUGAUGCCACAGAUGAUCUGUAUGUCGAGAUGCUUCAGUCAAAACCCAAAGCCCCAGUCGAUAGAGACCAGCUUUCUCUGAAUAUAAAAGACUCUAUGAUCCGCAAAUUUUUAGAAGGCAGUAGCAAAGAUGUGCCAGAUUCAGAGGAUGAUCCCUACCAGCAGUGCGGUGAGGGUGAUCUUUACUACACUGUGGAGCAGGAUGACUUCCCUCAGGAAAUGGUCAACAGACCUCCAGUUCCUGUUCCAAGGCCUGACUCCAGCUCCCUUCAUCAAGACAAGGAGCUGUACAUUUCCAAAGUAUUUGCAGGGAAAGCUCACGAAAGACCUGGGAAUCUGUAUGUCUCUGCAGGGAAGGUUAAGAAAGAGCCUGCAGUCAGGCUUGUCAGGGACCAGUCACAAUCAAGCAUAUAUGACCCAUUCGCUGGGAUGAAAACCCCAGGUCAGCGGCAGUUAAUUACGCUACAGGAACAAGUCAAGAUGGGGAUACUCAAUGUUGAUGAAGCCGUGCUCCAUUUUAAGGAGUGGCAACUGAACCAGAAGAAGAGAUCAGAAUCAUUCCGUUUCCAACAGGAAAAUCUGAAACGGCUACGAGACAGCAUCACCCGCAGGCAAAUUGAGAAGCAAAAAACAGGAAAACGUUCAGACUUGGAAAUCACAGUGCCUAUACGACCGUCUCACAAUGCUCCUGGGAAACUGGAAUGUGGCAUUUAUGAAUUUGGCCCGAGGAAAAAUGUUUUCCCACCAAGAAAGGAGAUAAAGCGAGGAGAGUGGAAAACAGAAAGCACCUCUAGCACUGCAAGUAGUGCCAGUAACCGAUCGAGUACUCGAAGUACAUUGAGUGUCAGUAGUGGGAUGGAAGGUGACAGCGAGGAUAAUGAAAUCCUAGAAGCUACCAGAAGCCGCAGUCCAAUACCGCAGCAAGUGGAGAGGUUUCCCCUCACGCUACCUGAAAGGCCUCCGAGAAUACCUCCACGAGGUGCAAGCAGGCCUGUAAGCAAUGAAAACUUUUUUCCUCCACCUGUGCCUCCACGAGGUCGCUGAAUCCUGAGAUCAUUGGAAUAUGGGAUAUUCUAGUGUGUUAUGUGUACAGAUAUAUAUAGAAAAAAAAAUAUAUAUAUAUAUACAGAAAUUUUAAAGGAUCUUUUUUACUAUUUAUAGAUGGAAGCCAGAUGAUUUCCCCCUCCCUGCCCCCUAGCUCUGGUGCAUUUUGUAGUAACAUUUCACUGAGAAAUCUCCCAGCCUUUUGUGACAUUUUUUUUUUCUUGGAGUGUCUUGGGACUUCUAGAUUUUAAGGAAAAACUAUCCAAGGUGGCAAAGAGAAUUUGGACGAGUCUUCUGACAGUUUUACACCUCAUAUGGGGUUACACCUCUCACCAAGAACAUGCUUCCUAUGCCCCGAGAGUUAUAAAAACAACUAAAGAGAGUCACUGGAAAAUGUUAAAAAAAAAAAAAUUAAAAAAUUUAAAAGCUCCAUUCAGAGACUGUCUUCAAAGAAUGCUCAUCAUGAGCUGCAUCGGAAUAGUGGAUCUCAGUAGUUUGGUGGUGUAACAUUUGAACACUGGCUCAUUCCCACCAAAUCUCCUGUAACGGAUCUUCCUUUAAUAGUUAUAGGACAUGAUGGUUCUGCAAAAAGGGCUAUGUGAAGACUUCCUUAUUCAAGCAAAAGUCAUUUUUAUACAGCCCUUUUCUCUGCCCACCCCAUUGUCUUUGGAUGGGGAAAGACUCUGGUUAGGUGCUAUAUACACUGCAUUGGAUGCAAGGCUCCCUAACAGCUGGUGAGGGAAUUGCUCUGUCACAUGAAACAGCUCCAUAUACAUGCCUUCUAGGGGCCUUGUUACUUUAAAUCCAAACAGCUGACCUCUUGCAUUAGGGGAAGAAAUUGUUAACAGUCCUUUGACCUUCCCCCUUCCCUGUAUGCGUUUGAGUAUCAUAUCCAUGUUAAAGCUGUUUAUGCUCUGUAAUAACGUGUGUUGAUAAGGUGUAUGUAUUUUGUGGCUCAAAUAUGGAUUUAAUUGUUGCUUACUUCACUGGGCACAGACAUCCCAUUCAGUGGUUGGGUUUUGCUUGCCCUAAGCAUCCUGUUUAGCAAAGCUGCACCUGCAGCAGCCGUGUCCAACCAAAUCCACCUGAGGGCUGCAUGUUUUCAAAAAGGUCAAAGGGCUUCUUAGUUCUGCUUCCCCUUGUGCCACUCAGAUGGCACAAGGAGCAAAAACCACUACUGAGUCCUCAUCAUAGAGAGUUGGGGUAGCUGGCUUUCAGGCCUAGGGUGAGGAGAACAUAGGGAGCUCCAGCAAUCCCUGGCUGACAUGGCUCACAGGGGACCUUUGAUGGCUGGCACAAGUUAGAGGCUACUCUGCUCCUGCCCAGGGUAAAGAAUUGGAUAGCAAUAACUUGUUGGUUCUCAGCUUCUCUUUUCCCUUCCCUCCCUGUGGUAGCUGUGUGGGGGAGAGGAGCCAUCCCUUUCUAGCUGAAUCCAGCCCUCUAGGCCCAGAGAGAGCUCAGGUAAGCAGGCGACAGAGCAACCAGAGUUGCAGCUCCUCAUCCCCUGCAAUACAGAAAAUGGCCAAUGGAGGGAGUUGUUGAACAAGGAAUCCACUGGGUGCCCCCUACUGUUGCUUUGUAGAGAUGUGGGUCAUUCAAACAGUUCAGGGUGGCACUUGUGAAACGCAUCUUCAGUUCACAAUCAAGUGAAAACUCUCUUUUCAGUGCAGCUCUAUGGGGCUCUGAAGCUCAUCCCUUCCACCAACAGAAGCUGCUCCAAUAAACAAUAUUACCUCACCCUCCUCCUCUCAUAGCCUGUGACCCACAAGGCUACAAUGACACUGCAAGCAAGUGCUAUGGGUGCUCCUUUAAAAGUACAUGAGUGUUCUCUUCCACUAACCAGGUGUUACUCGGAACACUACAGGCUCUGAAUGCUCGCUUGCCGUAGCAUGCUGGUGACUUGCUUUAGUCAGGGGGAAGGGUUGAGAUGCAGAGAGCAGGAGUUGGGUUUGUGUCCCUUUCCCUAGCAGGCGCAGUCCCCAACAUUUUUCCAUUGAACUGAAAAAAGUUUCUUUACCUAAUCGAGGAGAAAAUGAAACUGCAAAUGGAAGGAAUGAGUUAAAGGAAAUAAAACUGAAGAGGAGAGUUAAUUCAGGGACCAAAUCCUGUUCAGUGCUCACUUCUGUUUUACUUUACACACAUCUUGGUGGGUUCUUCCCUUCGGUUUAGCCCUGUGCAAUCAGUAGCUCCUUUGCCUGUGUAGCUCUCUCGUGCUCUGCCCCUAAGGUCAGUUCUGUGCUGCAGCAUUGCAGGAAUUAACUGCUUUCCUAUCUCCAAGGGUAUAAGAACUGAGGAAUGUGGGGCAGAAGGAAAAGAGCAAAGCAUGAAGAUGCCCCUCUCCCAAUUUCAGAACAUUUCCUUUCCAGAUAAACCUGUAGCCAGUGUAUGUUAAACUUGCAGUCGUUCUCAAAAUGUGGGUCGGGACCCCAAAAUGGGUUGCAACCCUGUUUUAAUGGGGUCGCCAGGGUUGGCUUAGACUUGCUGGGG